UUCACAUUCGACCGGGCAACAAGUGUGUGUGCGGCCAAAAGGAUCCCCGUUCCCGACUUCAUCCUAGUUCCUAGUAGAGGGACAACUUUCGAAGAUGGGCAUUGCCUUGAUGUUCCUGCUGGCCCUGUACCAGAUGCAGUCGGCCAUCCACAGCGAGAUCAUCGAGACGCCCAACUACGGUGGCAAUUCGCUGCAGGAGGCGGACUCCGAGGUGAGUCCUCCGCAGGACAAUGACCUGGUGGACGCACUCCUCAGCAACGAUCAGGGCGCGAGGGCGGAGCUGGAGUUCCGUCACCCCAUCUCUGUGAUUGGCAUCGACUACUCCAAGAACGCCGUGCUGCUGCGCUUCCAGAAACACAGUCGCCGGCCGCGCUACAAGUUCGAUCCGGAACUGGAGGCCAAGCGGAGGUCCGUGCAGGACAACUUCAUGCACUUCGGCAAGCGGCAGGCGGAGCAACUGCCUCCGGAGGGCAGUUACGGUGGCUCGGGUGAGCUGCUCGAGGGCAUGGCCAAGCGGUCCACCAUGGAUCGAUAUGGCAGGGAACCCAAGCAGGACUUUAUGAGGUUUGGCAGGGAUCCGGGCCAGGACUUUAUGCGAUUUGGCAGGGAUCCAGGCCAGGAUUUCAUGAGGUUUGGCCGAGAUCCUAAGCAGGAUUUCAUGAGGUUUGGCAGGGAUCCAAAGCAGGAUUUCAUGAGGUUUGGCCGGGAUCCCAAGCAGGAUUUCAUGAGAUUCGGUCGGGAUCCCAAGCAGGACUUUAUGAGAUUCGGUCGCUCGCCAGCUGAGGAUUUCAUGAGGUUUGGUCGCUCUCCAGCGGAGGAUUUCAUGAGGUUCGGACGUUCGGACAACUUUAUGCGUUUCGGGCGCAGUCCUCACGAGGAGCUCCGCAGUCCCAAGCAGGAUUUCAUGCGAUUCGGUCGUCCCGACAACUUUAUGCGCUUUGGACGCUCCGCUCCGCAGGAUUUUGUGCGUUCCGGAAAGAUGGACUCGAACUUCAUUCGCUUUGGGAAGAGCGUGAAGCCUGCGGUGCCCGAAUCCAAGCAAACCAAGUCGGGCAAGCCGGGUGAAAGGAGUCCCGUGGACAAGGCCAUGACGGAGCUGUUCAAGAAACAGGAGCUGCAGGAUCAGCAGGAUCGGCAGGAGCGGCAGGAUCAGCAGGUGAAGAGCGGCGAGCAGACGACUUCCACGGACGAGGGCAGCCUGGAGCAGGAGCAGGAGCAGUUGUUCGGCCAGUAAACGGGUCCUGCGGGGCGAUUCCUUGUAAAUAGAUAUUGACAAACGUACACACGAAUCGUAAUUGAUAUACGUAUACUCCCCUCCCCACACGAACUCCCGACAAAUGCCUAAACUAUGAAUUUUUAAUGGGGGCUGGAUUAAAAAUUCACCACGCUUUGAAGUUCUUACCUAUAAAUAUACCUAGUGUUAUUUUGAAUGCAUUGAAAAGGUGUGAAGAAGUCUUUUGCCAAAAUUCCAAAUAAAGAUUGCUCUACUGUA